AUGUCAUACGGAAGUAAAGCAGCUGAAAGAUUAGCAAACGAAACAGUAUUAAUCACUGGUGCUUCAGCUGGUAUCGGUGAAGCAACUGCCAAGGAAUUGGCUUCAGCAGCCAACGGUAAACUUAAAUUGAUCUUAACUGCCAGAAGAAAGGAUCGUUUAGAUUCCGUCGCCAAACAACUCACGGAAACCUAUCCCGACAUCAAAGUCCACACCGCGGAACUUGAUGUUUCCAAAACCGAAACAAUUGCUCCAUUACUUGAAUCACUCCCUGAAGAAUUCAAAGACAUUGAUAUCUUAAUCAACAAUGCCGGUAAAGCACUUGGAAAAGAUCAAAUUGGAGAUAUUUUACAAGAAGAUAUCUUGGGUAUGUUCCAAACCAAUGUUCUCGGUUUAAUUGCCUUAACCCAAGCCGUUAUCCCUAUCUUUAAGAAGAAAGACCAUGGAUCUAUUGUCAAUCUCGGUUCUAUCGCCGGUCUUGAUCCAUAUCCUGGUGGAGGUAUCUAUUGUCCUUCCAAAGCUGCCGUCAAUUCCUUUUCUCAUGUUUUGAGAAAGGAAUUGAUCAGUACUAGAAUUAGAGUCUUGGAAGUUUGUCCCGGUGCGGUUGAGACUGAAUUCUCAUUGGUUAGAUUCAAGGGUGAUCCAGUUCAAGCUAAAGCCAUCUAUCAAGGUACUGAACCUUUGGCUGCUCAAGAUAUUGCUGAGGUUAUUACUUUUGGGCUUACCAGAAGAGAAAAUACUGUUAUUGCUGAAACAGUUGUUUUCCCAAGUCAUCAAGCUGGUGGUGGUAGUAUUCAUAGAAAGCAGUAG